AUGCUUGUCACUCAGAGUCGUCAGAAGAGCUAUGCUGAUCAAAGGCGGAAGCCUUUAGAAUUUGAAGAAGGAGAGCAUGUGUUUUUGAGUGUUACUCCAACAACCGGAGUGGGUAGAGCAAUCAAGAUGAAGAAACUGAAUCCCUGUUACAUGGGUCCAUUUGAAAUUAUGAAGAGGAUUGGACCGGUAGCCUAUAGGAUUGCCUUACCGCCACAUCUUUUGAACCUGCACGACGUAUUUCAUGUGUCGCAGCUUCGGAAGUAUACUCUCGAUGCAGGUCAUGUUCUGGAACUAGAAUCGGUUCAAGUAAGAGAAGAUCUGACGCUUCCAGUACUCCCGGUUAGGAUCAACGACACCAGCAUCAAGCGAUUGCGCAGAAAGGAAGUAUCAUUGGUGAAAGUACCUUGGAGUCAGGUUGGAAUUGAAGAACAUACUUGGGAACUUGAAUCGGAUAUGCGGAAGGACUACCUACACCUCUUUUCAGGUAACUAA